AUGGAUUCAAUCAUAAUAUUCAAUCAAACCCAGAAGGAAUCCACCCUUCAUCUCGUCCUCCGUCUCACGGGAGGCGCCAAGAAGAGGAAGAAGAAGACCUACACCAAGCCCAAGAAGAAGAAGGUGAAGCUCGCCGUGCUCCAGUUUUACAAGGUGGGUGAGUCCGGGAAGGUUCAGAGGUCCAGGAAAGAGUGCCCCGAUGCCGAGUGUGGGGCGGGAACCUUCAUGGCUAACCAUUUUGACAGGCAUUAUUGCGGUAAGUGUGGGCUUACUUAUGUUUACCAGAAGGCCGGCGGGGAUUGA